AUGUCCUGCCCACCCAUGGCAUAUGUUCUUAUUGUCAGACGAACCACGAGUCCUGUGCGGGCGCCCUUCGAGGCACAGAUGCUGCUGGUCCAAUGUUUUGGCAGCUGCCAAGUCCGUUGUUGGACGUGCAGGGGAAACUCGUUUGAGUCCACUGCGCUGGCGGUCUACACCUGUUCGCAGGUUGAGGGAGCAGUUGAUGGGCCUUUCUGCAUGGUCUGUCGGCGCUGCAGCAUUGUAAUCGCGACAUUGGCGGGGGCUUUCAUCCUUCGCUUUGUGAAGGUUUCAGGGAUGGGGACAAGGAUGUUGGGGGGCAGAGUGAUGGUGCAGGAAGCAGAGAUCUGA